AUGGUUGAUAAAGAUGGUGAACCUACUGAAGAAAUCAGUACCAAACUAUCGAGCGAGAGCAAGCUCGAACAUGACUUCUCUACACUAGUUAUCGUCCCGAACUCCGAAUUACAAGAUGUACCUGCUACCAGGACUUCAUCCAUCAACAUUACGAAACAACUCUCUAAGAUCAUCUCAUCGCCUAGCUAUCCUGGAUUUGCCGAUGCAAUCGAGAUGGACGUUGUCCAACGUCUGUCUAAAUCCCAUGUCAACCCGGGCGAUGUUAUAGAGUUGGUAAGGCUGAAAGAUGAAGGUAAAUUUCAAGAAGCCAUCAGUUUUGUUGAGGAAACACAGCCCACAAGUGGAAAAUCCCACUUUGCUUUUGCUCCAGUGGAGCAAAUUAUGCAACAAUUCGGAUUGGAGGAUAUAACUCAGGGUUUAACAUCCUCACAAGUUGCGUUAAAUAGUGAAUUAUACGGAAAAAACAUACUAGAUGUGGGUCACAAAGAUCCAAUAUGGAAAAUAUAUUUAAACCAAUUUUGCAGUGUUGUUAUUCUACUACUAUUUGCAGCCGCAAUUGCAAGUUUUGCUUUGAAAAAUAUCGUUGAAGGAACAUUUAUUCUGUUGAUAAUGAAUAUAAAUGCUGCAUUGGCAACAUAUAUGGAAAACUCGGCUGCUAACGUGCUAGACAAACUUGCAGAAAUGUCAUCUCCCUGUUGUACAGUCAUACGUGAAGGUGUAACAACCCUCUUGGAUUCUAAGGAAGUUGUUCCCGGAGAUGUGGUAAUGUUAAAAACAGGUGAUACGGUAGCUGCUGAUAUGCGUGUAUUUGAUGUUAUGGAAAUGCGCGUAAAUGAGGCACUUUUGACCGGUGAAUCUGAAGAUGUAAAGAAAACACUAGAAGCGGCUGACCUAGAAUCUCCAUUCUCAUCCAAUCUUUGCUUCGCUUCAACGUCAGUGACGGCUGGAUCUGGACGUGCUAUUGUUGUUAAUACUGGUAUGAACACUCAAGUCGGAAAAAUCGCCAAACAGUUGAAAAAGGCCUCAGAAGGAAGCAAAUUAACACCUUUACAGAGGGGGCUUAAUAGACUAGGCGGUGUAAUCGGCAUAAUAUCUGCUCUUGUUUUAGUAACAAUUGUUAUAGUUGCCGUAGUUACAGGAUUUGAUGAUCCAACUCGUCCAAACUCAAAUAAAGUAUUAUCUAUCGUAUUACUCGCUGUUGGUUUUGCUGCAUCAUCAAUUCCUGAGGGUCUUCCCAUGGUUGUCACAAUAUCACUUUCUAUUGGUGCAAAAGAUAUGGCCAAGAAAAACGCAAACAUUCGAAAGUUACCGGCUGUUGAAACUUUGGGUUGCUGCUCCAUAGUUUGUAGUGAUAAGACAGGUACCUUAACUGAAGGAAAAAUGACUGCCACAACCAUCGUUACUCUUAGACACGAAAAUUCUGGUGCAACUGCUAAAAGACAUUUAUUUUAUCCUACACUUGGAUUUAAUCCUCUUGGAGGUGUAUUUGAACCCAAAGAUUUAACUGAAGAUCUAAAAACUUCCCUUACAUUACACGCCAAGAAUUCACAAUCAUUCCAAAAUGUUGACAAAAAUGUUUGUGCUGAGGGAGUCGAUUCUCUUAAUAGUAAACAUAUUAAAACGUGCAUGCUAACUGCAUAUAUAAACUCUUAUGGAACGCGUGUUGAAACGGAUAAAAAUGGUAAAUGGGUUGCCGCUGGGAAUAUGACUGAAAGUCCGCUAGUUGUUGCUGCUACAAAAUGUGGUAUUGGAAAUGUUUUGGAUUCUAAUGACGAUACCCAUGACUUGUACCAAAGGAUAGACACUUUAGAGAUACCAUUCUCCUCAGUUAGAAAACUGAUGUGCACAGUUCAUAAGCUUCCUGAGGAAAACUUGUAUGCUAAGUUAAAUCUGUCCCGUGCUGGGUCAACUUUUACACAUAUUGCAGCAAUAAAGGGUGCUCCAGAUAUGUUGAUGCCGGUUUGCUCCCUAGUUGUCAAUGGUUCUGAUGAUAACCUGUUUAUUGAUUGGUCAGAUCAAAUAACAAAAGGAAAAAUCCCAGAAGAAAGUUUGAAGAUAAUGUCUGAAGAAAACGAAUCACUAUCUUCGCAAGCACUUAGAGUCUUGUUGUUGGCUAUAUGCCCAUUAACAGACUCUGAUGUUGAAAGUUUGUCCAACUGUGAAGAUGCAGACGGUAGACUUGCACUCAUAAAGGCUCUACCAAUGGUAUUUUUGGGAUUUAUAGGAAGUAUAGAUCCUCCAAGACAUGGCGUAAAGGAUGCCAUUGAAACAUGCAAAAGGGCAGGUGUUAGGGUAAUCAUGAUCACAGGUGAUCAAAAGGCUACCGCCUCUGCGGUCGCACGGGAUAUUGGAUUAUCAAACACACACGCUAAUUCAUCCAGAGACUCCACUGUGAAGAUGUCACAUCUUCCAGAUGACGGUUUUGCAAUCGAAUGCAACGCAUUACACAUAUCCCAUAGUCAUUUGAAUGGCUAUUUACCGGAAGAGCAACUUGAUUAUAUGACUAGAACAUAUUCUGUCUUUUGCAGGGCACAACCAGAAGAUAAGGUUGCUAUUGUAGAAUCUCUAAAGCGUCAGGGAUAUUUGACAGCUAUGACCGGUGAUGGUGUUAACGAUGCGGCUGCACUAAAAACUGCCGAUAUUGGAAUUGCUAUGGGCAUAAACGGUACGGAUGUUGCAAAGGGAGCUUCUGAAAUGGUUCUUCUUGAUGAUAAUUUUUGCACGAUUGUGAACUCUAUCGAGUCUGGGAGGACAAUUUAUGCUAACAUUCAAAAGUUUGUAUCUUUCUUGCUUGGUACAAACAUUGGAGAAAUUCUCUAUCUUACUAUCUCAAUUCUUAUAAGCACACUACCACCAGUUGAAGCCUUGCAGAUUCUAUUCCUAAACUUCAUGACUGACGGCUGUCCAGCCGUAGCACUAUCCAGGGAACCUCCUGAUGAUGAUACCAUGUCAAAAAAACCAAGGCUACCCAAACAGCCAAUUAUGACCAAGACGUGGUGGAUAUAUGGAAACCUUCCACAUACUGUAUUUGAAGCCGGUGCUGUUAUUUGUAGUAUUCUAUUGGCACUGUACUGGUGCACCGGUGUUUGUACAUUGAGUGGACUUCAUGAUCAAUGCAAACAUAUUAUCCUUAAAGAUCAUGAAAAUGUGGAACACAACCUAGUCUAUUUUUGUAAGUCCUAUGAAUACCGCUUGACAAGAGAAUAUAAAGGAUGGGUCACAAAUAUCAACUAUUAUGAUCUAACUGACCUAAAGAUGAAGACAUUUUUGGGAGCUGCUCUCGGGAAAGUAGAAAAACUAACUCCCAGCUCUCCUGAGCUACAUCCAGAUAUUAAGAAGUCCUUUGAAGCCCUCAAGAAGUCUGGGAUACCAGAAAAAUUUAGGAAAUUUGUAGAAUUAGACCAAGAUGGAUGGGUUAAACCACUCAAGACACAAACAAUACCAAGCAAUCCAGAUCAACUCUACGGAGCAGCACCACCAGGGUUCUACGACAUUACUGGAAGAAAAACUAUACAAGCCAGAACUAUUUCAUUCAUCACGGCGGUAUGGUGCGAAAUGCUCAGGGCAUAUACUGUCAGGUCGUGGGACUAUUUUUUCAAAGUUUUCAAUAGGAACCCAUGGAUGCAUGUGGCCUGCAGCGUAUCAGCUACUGCAACAUUUGCAAUCACAAUCAUACCCAAAAUAUCAACAAUCAUGCAUACAGUAUCACUCACGUGGUGGCAAUACCUAUUCGCUGUGGCAUUAGCACUCCUCACAAUGGUACUAGAUGAGUGCAUACCCAAGGUCAUCUACCGAAAAAUGAUCAAACACAAUAAAAUAGAUAACUAG